AUGUGUGCGUACGGUGGACCACGGCGGCAGGCGGCGGCCGGCGCGCGGCGGUGGCCUACAACGCGCGGUGAGAGUGGCGGCGGGCAAGCGGCGGCGCUGCGCGUGGGGGCGUGCGGUGGCGCCGGCAAGCACAGCGUGUGGCGCUGCGCUGGGAACGGCGGCGAGCGGCGCGGGAACGGCGUCGUUGGCGUCGGGAACGGCGAGACGUACGGCGAGAGAGAGGGGCGUUGGCCGUACUAUGUACUGGCGCUACCCCUCUCCUCUCGUAUCUGUGCGCUGGGCGGCUGGCCGCCACUGGGCGCCGGGAAAAUAAGCGGCGGCGCCGGCGGCACCUGCGCGGCGGCCCCGGCGAUCGAGGAAAGGGCGCCCGCGGGGCCGAAGCUAUACGGGAGCCAGCGGCGUCUCAGGUUUCGCGGCGGCCCCGGCGAUCGAGGAAGGGAUGCGCGUGGCGCGCGCGCCGUGGGCGAGCUCGAAUCGGCGACUUACGGCGGCGGCGAGGAGCUUCGGAGGUUCGUCGGCGGGCGGAAGAUGGCGGCGAGCACGGGCGGGCGUUUCAUCGCCGGCGCGGCAGCCUGA